CCUCUGACCCUCUGCAGCGGCUCAGCCUCCAUCAUCAGUCCGAGCUGCGCUGCUGGACCGUCCGCCUGUCCGGAUGGAGGCUCUGCUGCUCCCUCAAACUGACUCUCCACCUUCACCUGCUGCAUGAUCGAAGACUGGGAAUGUUACUGACCUCGUUUUGUCCACAUUGAAGAGUCUGAACUGAGAUCUGAACAUUACACCGUUAACACGGGCAGCGUGAUUCACUGAGACCACAAGCUAACACGGAGCUAGCAGAGGGAUUGUUUUGGGAUAUGAGUUUCUGAACAGCUCGCGCGCCGACUCAUGAAUUAAAGACUUUUUUGUGAUUUUUCUGGAUCAAGCUGGAACAUAAAGGGGAAUGUCUAGCCAAGGAGUCCGGAGGAACGGCCCGGUGAAGCUGCGGCUGACAGUCCUGUGUGCAAAGAACCUGGCAAAGAAAGACUUCUUCCGGUUGCCAGAUCCUUUCGCCAAAGUGGUGGUGGACGGCUCGGGGCAAUGCCACUCGACAGACACUGUGAGGAACACGCUGGACCCGAAGUGGAACCAACACUACGAUCUAUACAUCGGAAAGGCCGACUCCAUCACCAUCAGCGUAUGGAACCACAAGAAGAUCCACAAAAAGCAGGGUGCAGGUUUCCUGGGCUGCGUGCGUCUCCUGUCCAACGCCAUCAACAGACUCAAAGACACCGGCUAUCAGAGACUCGACCUGAAUAAGCUCGGUCCCAACGACAACGAUACUGUGAGAGGACAGAUAGUUGUAAGUCUUCAGUCCAGAGAUCGCAUCGGGACGGGGGGUCCAGUGGUGGACUGCAGCCGCCUGUUCGACAAUGACUUACCUGACGGCUGGGAAGAGAGAAGGACAGCUUCUGGAAGGAUACAGUACCUGAACCACAUCACACGCACCACGCAGUGGGAGAGACCGACCAGGCCGGCCUCGGAGUACUCCAGCCCCUCAGGGCGUCCGCUGAGCUGCGUGGUGGACGAGAACACGCCGGUGAUGACGCCGGUUAACGGGGCUGAGGCCAGCUGUCCGCCAGGGGAGCAGCGCAUCCAGGAGAGACGGGUUCGAUCGCAGAGGCAUCGCAACUACAUGAGUCGAACACACCUGCACACACCUCCAGACCUGCCCGAGGGUUACGAGCAAAGGACGACUCAGCAGGGUCAGGUCUACUUCCUCCACACGCAGACCGGAGUCAGCACCUGGCAUGACCCCCGCGUGCCCAGGGAUCUAAGUAAUGUGAACUGUGAGGAGCUGGGUCCGCUGCCGCCAGGUUGGGAGAUCAGAAACACGGCUACGGGCCGCGUCUACUUCGUGGACCACAACAAUCGGACCACGCAGUUCACAGAUCCGCGUCUGUCGGCCAACCUGCACCUCGUCCUCAACAGCCCGAGUCCAAAUGGUUCCCGCGUGGCCCCGGAAAGCCAAAACACUAACCUCAGUCAUCCGCCUCAGCUGAAGGACCAGGGUGGUCCUGGGGUCCCGCCUCAGCCUCUGUCUCCGGCCCAGCUGCCUGAAGAGGCGGAGUGCCUGACGGUCCCAAAAUACAAGCGGGAUCUGGUGCAGAAGCUGAAGAUCCUGCGGCAGGAGCUGUCCCAGCAGCAACCCCAGGCUGGACACUGCCGCAUCGAGGUCUGCAGGGAGGAGAUCUUUGAGGAGUCCUACCGGCAGGUGAUGAAGAUGCGUCCGAAGGAUCUCUGGAAAAGAUUAAUGAUCAAAUUUCGAGGAGAGGAGGGGCUGGACUACGGCGGGGUGGCGAGGGAGUGGUUGUACCUGCUGUCCCACGAGAUGCUGAACCCUUACUACGGCCUGUUCCAGUACUCCAGAGACGACAUCUACACCUUACAGAUUAACCCAGACUCUGCUGUCAACCCGGAGCACCUGUCGUACUUCCACUUCGUGGGCCGUAUCAUGGGCAUGGCGGUGUUCCACGGUCACUACAUCGACGGAGGCUUCACUCUGCCCUUCUACAAACAGCUGCUGGGGAAACCCAUCACUCUGGACGACAUGGAGUCCGUGGACCCGGACCUCCACAACAGCCUCGUCUGGAUCCUGGACAACGACAUCACGGGCGUCCUCGAUCACACCUUCUGCGUGGAGCACAAUGCGUACGGUGAAAUCAUCCAACAUGAGCUCAAACCGAACGGCAAGAGUAUUCCGGUCUCAGAGGACACAAAGAAGGAGUAUGUCAGGUUGUACGUGAACUGGCGUUUCCUGCAUGGCAUCGAGGCUCAGUUCCUGGCCCUGCAGAAAGGCUUCAACGAGGUGAUCCCUCAACACCUGCUCAAGUCCUUCGAUGAGAAAGAGCUGGAGCUCAUCGUGUGCGGUCUGGGAAAGAUCGACAUCUCCGACUGGAAGUCCAACACCCGGCUGAAGCACUGCACCCCCGACAGUAACAUCGUCAAGUGGUUCUGGAAGGCCGUGGAGACGUUCGACGAGGAGAGGAGAGCACGGCUGCUGCAGUUUGUGACAGGCUCAUCCAGAGUUCCUCUGCAGGGCUUCAAAGCUUUACAAGGAGCUGCAGGACCCAGACUCUUCACCAUACACCAGAUCGACGCUAACACCAACAACCUGCCCAAAGCCCACACCUGCUUCAACCGGAUCGACAUCCCUCCGUACGAGGGCUACGACAAGCUGUACGACAAGCUGCUGACGGCCAUCGAGGAGACCUGCGGCUUCGCUGUGGAAUGAGAGACACAUGAGACAGUGUGCGUGUGUGUGUGUGUGACUGUGUAGGUUCACACUGUCACUGCAGCAUAUGGACUCCUCAGAGCCUGAUGUGUGCGUCUACGACCGGCCUGCAGUCUUCCUCUCCUCUCAUCCUGGUCCACGUUCUUCCCUCAUCGAUGUCUGUGUGAACAGCUGCUACAGAGUCCGCUCUCCUCUUCUGUCUUCAUGUUUGUGACUCGGAUGAUUUGUGUUAGAAACAGAUUAAAUUCACUGACAGGCUGCUGCAGACGUAGAGAGGGCUGCACCUUCAUCUCACCUUAGGUCAGGACGCAGUGUUUGAAUAUUCUCCCUCGGCGUCAGAAAGCAGAAUGUCACUUCUUUUGUUCUCAGAUUUCCAAUCCUCAUCAUGCUACUGAAUCUGUAUCCCUGCAGACCUCCUGCCCCUGGUAGCCACCUGAACCUCAACGACACCUUCCAGUCUUCGCGGCCUGCUCGGCUUUCAUCUUUCAGGAGCGCCACAGUUUCAUCCUACCUCAGUGUAACGCUUCGAUUCAUGCAGAGUUACAUUCCAAAAUGUUGCUUCGCCUCUUUCAGGAAAGUCCUCAUCGGUCACCAUCCCAAGUCUUCUCUGGGCAGAGCUCCUUGUGAGUCUGCGGGCUCUCUGUAACCGUCACUCUGUAGGCUGCAGUGCGGGUCGGAUGUGUAUUGGCGUUGAGUUUGGAGCGUGUGGUGGGACGUUAAAGAAACGAGACGGGCUCUGGUUGAGAUGAAGAACACGUGACUUCCUGAAUCACUGCAGCUUUUAUAAACACGUGUCUGCAUGUGUAAACAUGGAGGAACUCCCGAGUCUUCCUUUCCUCAGACACAUCCACCUGCAGCAGACAAACGGGAAGCUGUAGUUAGAUUACCUGUAGAGAGGGCACCCCUGUCCGAGCGUGGGACCAGGUGUGAUGACGUGUUGGAGGCGGGUGUGUGUUUCAGUCGUCGGUCAGUCUGUCUCGUCACUUUGGAGCACUUUAAAAACUGAGCAGUGAUUGCAGGAGUGCUUUCUUUGUUAGAUUCAAAUAUAUCACCUUUCUGUUCCUGUACCACCGCGUUAGAAAUAUACAGAGUAAGAAGUAUCUAUACACCGGUCCUCUCUGGGUAUAUAUGUACAAACACAUAGCUAUUUUGUAUAUUGUUGCUUGUUCUGUUUGAUUUAAAUGCAGCAUGUUGGUGUCUGCCACAGACUUUUUUGCAUUCUCAGGUAAAGUUUUCCUUUUUUUUAAUUUUAGGUUCAUGAUGCGAGCAGACGGGAGGGAGGGAGGGAGGGAGGGAGGGUGAGAAACUUUAUAUCAGGCCCUGGUUUUAACCCCGUCAUAAAGUGCAACAUUUCUUUUCUCUAAUCCCUCUCACUUCUAAACUCUGAAACCUCCACAUGAGAGCGUGACGCCACGUGUGCUGCGGCGAAGUGGACUGAAGGCUGGUGCUGCUCCGUGAGUCCGUCUGCAUCAGAGUGUAAUCCAAAGAAAACUCAGCGUUACAAAGAGAGAGAGAAAGAGAGAGAGAGAGACUGUUCCUUUGCAUCAUACAGGACUCUCAGACAUGCUGCUGCUGGCGUUUGUUUGUGACCAUGCUGCUCAGAAAGCUCGAGUUCAUUUUAUGCCGAUCAUCAGAAAACAAAGAAACAGCGUCUUGAAGCGUCCGUCUGGGUCCCUCGGAGGCAGGAAAGAAAUGCAUUACACCUUUUUUGCACGUUAUGCAUACAUGGGCUGCAAGUUAUAAUCAGACACUUCCUUCUAUCUACCAAAUAACUAACGGACAGAUUGUUCUUCUUUUGUAGAUAACAUAAAUAUAUACACACACGUUCUUGAUAUGCACACAUGUAUGUUCGUCCCGUGCACACAGUCCACUCGCGCUCUUUUUCUAAACGACUUGUCCGACUCUGACGCUGAGAGGGUCGGGUACUUCGAGGUGAAGCCACGCCUCCUCCCGGACUGACCGAACAUCCAGAGAAGAAGUUCCAGGUUCUGGAUUUAUUUAGUUUUUGACACGUUGAAUGCCUGUGAUGACAUAACAAGACUUUAUCCACCGUAUUUGAUCUGAUGAAUAAAUUGAUGCUCAGUUCUGGAAAAAGCUGCAUACUUUAAAAUUCUGUCUUUGAUUUCGAGCCGUCAGUCUGGAGUUCAAACGACAACACUUUAAAGGAAAGAUGACAGGUUAUGUACAAGUGUGUGUGUGUGUGUGUAUGUGUGGGUGUGUGUGUGUGUGUGUAAAGGAUUUUUUAUGAAAUCAGUACAAAACAGUAAAAAUCAUUUUUUAACUGCACCAUGUUUUCUUUCUUCUUCUAUCUGUUUUUGUAUUUAUUAUUACAGUUUGUGUGUGGAUAGUUUUUCACAUCAGCUGCUCUGUGUAACUGACACCUGUACAUUCAGACACGUAAGAAACAAAGUCAUACACUUCCUGUACCCUGCAGAAAGCUGAGCAAUAAAACUGUGCUGUUUAAACCUCACAGCAAUAUGUUUUAUAGAAC